AUGUCUCUGGUUCAGCCGUACUAUCGGGAAUUUGAAAGCAUGCAAGAGACACUUAAACUGUUUGCAGAAGACGUUCCACUAGACACGGGAAAGCUCAAAAAGUUUGGUCCGGUCAAAGAUUUUUGGAGCCAGAAGACAGCUGGAAAGGGAAGGUCAACUGAAAAGCGAUAUCAGAAAACCCGAACGGUACUAAUUCAACUUUUCAGAAUGGGACACGAUCCCUUCUUCUUAUGCGUGCUUUCCAUGUCUACAACAGCGAUAGGAGGCAUUAAAAGAAUAGAGAACUUUUACAAGGCGCUAACAUGGUGGAUGGAACAUGAAGCCAAGAUAUCAAAGUCAUUCAAAGAUUAUACUUCUCAACUUUAUAAGGAACAUGAAGACUUUUUUACACAAAAUCUUGAAACAGGUCAAAGAACCGCAGCAGACUUGGAAACUACACCAGAGGUUGAGCGAACCUCGUAUGACCAGUCCAGUCGCCAAAGCACUCUAAGCGAAGACGUCUUCAUGCAAGAUAAUGAAUCAACCACUAUUCAAGAAAAUCAAGACAACCUAUCAAAUAUCUCUCCAACUCACACAGAAAGCAACUUUAGGGAUUCGGCUAUGCAGACAUUGAAGUACGGACAGAUUGUUUCUCUGCCUUUCGAGACCAUUUACGCUUUGUCACGCGAGAGAUUGGCUGCUCAUGGCGUUCAUUUGGUACUCCCAGGCGAUUCAGAUCCUUCGUCCUUUCUAAUGAUUCAUAUUUCACCGGAAGCCGCCUACCAUAUCCAGCGGUUGACAAAGAAUGAGGACCGCAAAUGA